CCAUAUUUCAUUUUUUAUUUUGUCUUUUUAGAUAAAUAUCAAGGCUUACGGUACAAGAAGGAGAUUUUGAACAAGCAGAAAAAUUAACUUGACACAGAUGGACAUUGUAUGGGCCAGAGGCAGGGAUGGUUGGCUAUGACCCCAAAGCAGAUGGCCGAAAUAACUCCAAGUUGGAGGUGGCGGUGGCUGGGUCUGUGUCUGGACUUGUCACUCGGGUACUGAUCAGCCCCUUGGAUGUCAUCAAGAUCCGUUUCCAGCUUCAGAUUGAGCGCCUGACUCGCAGUGACCCCAAAGCAAAAUACUAUGGGAUCCUACAGGCUGGGAGACAGAUUUUGCAGGAGGAGGGCCUAUCAGCAUUCUGGAAAGGACACGUCCCAGCCCAGCUUCUCUCCAUAGGCUAUGGAGCUUUCCAAUUUUUGUCAUUUGAACUGCUGACCGAGCUGGUACACAGAGCCAACAAACACGACACCGGCGAAUUCUCUGUUCACUUCGUGUGUGGUGGCCUGUCUGCCUGCGUGGCCACUCUCGGCGUGCAGCCUGUGGAUGUUCUGCGCACCCGCUUUGCAGCUCAGGGUGAGCCCAAGGUCUACAAAACCCUGCGGCAAGCUGUGGUGACCAUGUACAGGACCGAAGGCCCCUUGGUCUUCUACAAAGGCUUGACUCCCACCCUGAUCGCCAUCUUCCCCUACGCUGGGCUCCAGUUCUCCUGUUACAACUCCUUGAAGCAUGUGUAUGAGUGGGUCCUGCCAGCCAAAGCAAAGACAAACGAGAACCUCAAAAACCUGCUAUGUGGCAGUGGAGCUGGAGUCAUCAGCAAGACCCUGACAUAUCCACUGGACCUCAUCAAGAAACGGCUGCAGGUUGGAGGGUUCGAGCAGGCCCGAGCUACCUUUGGUCAGGUUCGGCACUACAGGGGCGUCCUGGAUUGCGCCAAGCAGGUGCUGCAAGAGGAAGGCACCCAGGGCUUAUUCAAGGGCCUGUCCCCCAGCCUGCUGAAGGCUGCCCUCUCCACGGGCUUUAUGUUCUUCUGGUAUGAGUUCUUCUGUAACUUGUUCCUCUGCAUGAAGAGGGUACACAGAUAGCUUUGAAGUCAGGAAGGGCCUGUGGUCUUCACUGUAGGCAGCCUCCAGAAAGAAGUAAGACUGAUCUCCGACCUCGUGUUGCACUGAGAGGUGCUGCCUAAUCCAAUCCUCCAAAUCAGCCAUCCUGAGUUUGAAGAGCUGUCGGGAGCAGGGCAGCAGCCUCGAAUCCAGCUGGCUGGGACACCACCAGAAGGGCAAGGGCUUUCUCAACAAAAGAACACAGGGAGAACACAGGACUUGGUCUGUGGGGACCCAACAAUGAAAGUGACAAGGAGCUUGAAGUUUCUCCACUGUCCAGGUCAAACUCAAGAGAAAACAGAUACCUUCUAUACUUCUUAGUCCCGUCUGCCAGGAGAACUCUCCUGGUUGUGGAUGGGCCUUAGCUGGAGUGCAGAGGGCUGGGUGUGGGCUCUUUGCAGGAGUCUGGUUCUCACACUUGGGCUGUUUUUCCCAUCAACUUAUUUAAUAGAUAUUAAAGCUAAAAGCACAUUCCUUAUCUUAC